AUGCAAAAUGUUCGCAUACCAGACGUUGUCAAGCACUACAAGAUCACAAAGGUCAUUGGCAGAGGAUCCUUUGCCGUUGUUGCUCUUGCAAUUGAUCAAAAAACAUCUCAAAAAGUUGCAAUAAAGAUCAUUGAUAGAAGUACAAUCAUUAAUUAUGGAAUGCUCAGAUAUUUAGAGAAUGAAUUAAGAUUACUCUCACGCUUAAAUCAUCAAAGCAUUGUUAAAGUUUAUGAUGUUAUCUAUGAAGAAGACAUUAUUAUGAUUGUCAUGGAAUAUCUUUGCAACAAUGAUAUUCAAACAAAUCUAAAUAGAGGCACGUUCUUCUCCACAAAAGAAAAAAUCGAAAUCUUAUAUCAAAUCCUUGAAGGAAUUGAAUAUCUUCAUCAAAAAGGUAUUGCACACAGAGAUAUCAAGCCAGAAAAUAUUAUUUUUGAUGAAAAGUACAAUCCAAAGCUUGUUGACUUUGGUUUAUCAAAAGAAAAGGGAAACGCGCUAUCUUCAUUUUGCGGAACAGAAUAUUAUAUGGCUCCUGAGAUCCUUCAGAAUGAUACAUAUUAUGGACUCAAAUCUGAUAUCUGGAGUUUUGGAGUUACAGCUCAUCUUAUAUUUACAAAUGAGUAUCCAUGGGAUACAACAAAGAAGAACAAACACCUUUUCGACAUGAAGAAAGGUGUUUUAGAAAUUAAGAAUCAAAUUACUGGUCCAAUGAAUGGCAUUGUUUCUAAAUGCCUUGAAUUUGAUCCAGAAAAACGUCCAUCAGCUUCUGAACUUUUACUUGACAUUCAAGAGUUAUUGGCAAAUAGUAUCAAGAUUAGAAACACUCAUAGCAACAAAUUAUCACUUCCAAAGCUUCAAUCCAAGCCAAUAACUGUAUAUGCUUCUAAGCAAUCCAAAGAAUUCAGAUCAUUUGACAAUUUAUUACCGAAAAUUCGCGUCCGAAGAGUCCCAAUCCCUAUAUCUCAUUGA